UGAUGUUUGUGGAGAACGACAACGUAGUCUUCUUUAAAUUCGACGGUAUAGCAGGAGGACAGUUCAGCAAAGGUGCGGACAAGUACGCUGGCGAGGUGGAUUCCCUUAUCAAACUGAUACUCAACAUACGGCGCCGGGGUAAGGGUAACAUUGUAUGGAUCAACCUAACGAUAGGGACAUGGCCGAGCCCUUAUUGGCUUAUCUAUGGCGAUAGUAUCUGGAAGGAUGGCUAUGACCUUGGUCUUGCAGGAUGGGGUAACAGACGAGACAUGCAUAUCACUGAACGAGAUGCAUCUGUAUACCAGAAUGUUGUCUUGCGGGGGCAGCUGAUGCCUAUAGCGAACCUCAUGCUCCACGGUAUUGUUCAAAGUCGGGCAAAUGAGGCGGGCUAUUUACUGCAGGAUACCAUAUCUGACUUAACAUCAUUCAAGACGGAAGUUUACACCUAUUUUUUCAGUGGGGUGGGCUUGCAAGAGCUGUAUAUACAGCCAGAAGAGCUCACUAAGAAGCACUGGGGGAUUAUCGCAGACGGUGUUCGUUUUCAUCGGAAGUUCCAAUCGAUUCUUCGUCAUGUCCAAUGGAUCGGUGGUGACCCCGAGCGAGGACAGCUGUAUGGCUGGGCGACGAGCAAUACUACUGAUGGGUUAUUCGGAAUGCGUAAUCCAGGGAUGGCAUCGAGGAAGACUAGAACCACGCUGAGACACCUGUGGGGCGUGAGUGGCAACUCGACGUGGCGGUUGACGCCUCUGUUCGAUACGCCUCAACUGCCUUCUCAAUACACAACUGUCUCCUUAGAUGAUGAGAUCAGCUUGUCAGCUGCCUCCCUGAGUUUUGUUUCUUUCCAUGCUGUUAAGAUUGUAGACUAUUGA